AUCCUUUCUUCUUUCUAACCCUAGUUUAUUCUCCCAAAGAAAGCCCGCCGCUCUGGUUGUUUCCGACCCUCCUCGCCCUUUUCACCACCACCACCGCCACCUUCAAAACCCAAUGGAUCUCCUCUUAUGCGUUCAAAGCUAUUAGCCGAUUCCACCGCCUCCAUCCCCUGCUCGGCAGCUGAGAUGGACGGCCACAUCAAUGGCAACAACACCAAGCUGACCGGGAUCCGCCAGAUCGUUAGGCUGAGGGAGAUCCUCCACAAGUGGCAGACCGUCACGCUCGGCGGCUCGUCGAGAUCCAACGGCCGCGGGAUCGCCCCGGCCAUCAACAACAGAGUGGCGAGCAUCAUCAGGAACGGUGACUCCGACGAGGAAGGUGGAGGAGGUUGCCCUAGCCCUCAUGACGAGCCGCCGUCGGACGUCCCCAAGGGUUACCUGGCGGUGUACGUCGGGCCGGAGCUUCGGAGGUUUAUCAUUCCGACGGCCUACCUGAGCCACUCGUUGUUCAAGGUGCUGCUGGAGAAGGCCGAGGAGGAGUUCGGGUUCGACCAUAGCGGCGGGCUCACCAUUCCUUGCGAGAUCGAGACCUUUAAGUUUCUCUUGAAAUGUAUAGAGCAUCAUCCCAAGGACCGCAAUAGUACUGCUGGCGACGACGUUGAAGAUCAAGCCGCAAGUGAAGACGUAUUAACCGUGAAGGAAGGAUAGAGCAAAAAUUGAUUUCUGGUGUAAAACUCAAAUGAGUCUCGUUCUAUGCAGAUAUGUGAUCUUUCUCUGUUCCAAUUUGUUGACGAUUCUUGUUCCCUCUUGUUUUUGCUUCUAUUUUUCCUCCCGAAUGACAAACAGUAGGAAGGAGGUUUUGAUGAUUAGAUAGAAUGUCUGUCAAUGGCAGGGAUGUGCUUUUUCGGGCUCGGCGGGUUUCGUUCUUGUUCGUGUGAUACCGUGCCGCCGCCGCACAAUCAAUUCACAUCUACACAACGAGCUAGAGAGCGGAGCUAGCGUCGAACAGGGCGAAUCACACACCACACACUAAAGAAAGAGGUUUUGAAAGUUCUUGGACCUGUUUUUCCGGCGAAGUUGGUGUAGUAAACAGGAUCCAAACACACCAUCAAGCUAGCUCGCUAGCUCC